AACGUUUCCUGCUAGUUUCAUUUUCACCUCGCGUUAUCUGAAUCUGUCAGUUUAUUUAUACUUUUUGCAUGAUGAGUUUUUUCUUUGGUGGUGGUUUUUCUUCAUAGAAUUAUAACAAAAGACAGCAAGGAUAAUCACAUCAAAAUGACAAAUAACAUGGCCAUACGAUAUUCCAUCCUUGCGGGUGCUGUGGGAUUUUUUGGUGGUUUGCUGUACAGUGAAAAAGCUUCUUUUAGCAAAGUCUCAGCUGCAUUGCCAAUACGGACUGAACCAAUUGAACCUCAACCCAUGGAUAUAGAUCUUCCAGAAGGUCAUGUAACAAAAACUAUGCAGUAUGGAUUUCCUGGUUUUGAAACUAUCCGGGCUAGGAAAAGUUAUGUUUUAUCAUAUGACCGCCGAAAUAGGAUACCAAACUGGGUACUGGAACACUUGACAGCAGAUCAUAUUAAAUACAAUGAAGAUGUUAACAGGGCAAAAACUGAAUUUUUUGAAGAUGAAUCUAUACACCCUUUCUUCCGAGCCACAAACGCAGACUACAAGAGAAGUGGCUAUGAUAGAGGGCACCUUGCUGCUGCAGGGAACCAUAGAAGUUCUCAAGAAUACUUGAAUGACACUUUUGUUUUGAGCAAUAUUGCUCCUCAGGUUGGAAAAGGUUUCAAUAGAGAUGCUUGGAAUAAAUUAGAAAAACAUGUACGUCGCUUUGUUAAGAAAUAUCAGCAUGUUUAUGUUUGCUCAGGACCAUUAUAUUUACCUAGAUUUGAAUCUGAUGGUAAGAAAUAUGUGAAAUAUGAAGUUAUUGGUUCAAAUAAUGUAGCAGUGCCAACUCAUUUUUUCAAAGUAAUUGUAGGUGAAACAGAAAAUCAUGAAUUUGAUAUGGAAGCUUAUCUCAUGCCAAAUGCUCCUAUUGAAGAUCAAGUGCCUCUGAAAGCUUUUCAAGUUCCUAAAGAUGUAAUAGAAAGAGCUGCAGGUUUACUAUUUUUUGAGAAACUUAGUCCGACAGUUUUUCGCCACAUAAAUGGAAAAAGAGUGACUAAUAAAUAGUUUUGUAUAAUCAAGAUAUAUAUGGUUUUAUAUGGCAAGAAUGUGUGAUUAAAAAAUUUAAAAAAAGUUUAUUUAUUUAACUUAUGCAUAUCAUAUUUAUAAAUAUUUAAUGGAGCUUACUCAAUCUUUCUCUUGUAUCAUGCACAGAUAAUUUAGCAAUUUAUGAAGAAUGAAAUACUUUAAUUAUUUAUAAUUUGCAUAAUUUCUGCAUAUAAAUUUUUAAUUUAAAUUUUUGUACAUGUGAGAUUUAAUGCAAUUAAGUAUAAAAACAUUAAUUUUAACAUUUGGUGAUGUGUAGUAAUAUUGUAAGUUAUUAAGCUGUUUGCAAAAUUGAGUGCAUAUUCUGAUUUGCUAAAAGGAACAAGCAUAAAAAAGUUUUGCACAUUAUUUUUAAACUCAUAGUUUUGCUUUGUAAAUACAUGUUUUCAUAUUUUUAUAUAGUUAAAAAAAUGUGUAGUGUGUGUAGGUGUUGCAGUCAAGCAUUGUUAAAAUGUGUAUUUUAAUAUGAUUUUUUUUUUUUUUUUUUGAUAAAUUUGUUUUAAUUUACAUUAUAUAACUAACUGCAGUUCUUGAUUAUAUAAUGUAAUCAUUUGAAAAUCAUGACUAUUCUUAACUGGAUGUGAAUAAUAUUUCAACGAAGUUGUGAAUCUUUUUUUUUUUUUUUUUUUUUUUAUUCUUAAUGAAGUUUUGAUAUUAUUAGAAAAAAAGCAGACUUAUCUUUUGAUGCAUAAUUUAUGUUAAAAACGAAUUUUGUGUCCAUUAUACUAGAGUUUAAAAAAAGCAUAUAUGAAGGAAAAAUACAUAUAUUUAAAGCUGCCAAAUUAGUCUUCAGAUUUCUCUGCCUUCCAGUCCAUUUUUAAAAUGACCGUAAGGGAUCCAUCUUCUGUCUUCAAUAAAUCAACAACCUGUCAUUAUUUUGUACGUUAAUAAAUAAACAAAUAUAUAAUAGCUCUAAUUCAAUUACAGUGUUUAAGUGAUUUUUAAUUUGGUUGAAUUAAUUUUUUUUUUCCAUGAACGUUUUUUAAAUUCACCUACUGUCCAAAUGAUUAAUUUUAUCGUUUCUGGCCCUCCAAACUUUUUUAAAAUAAAAAUUUAGUUAUCUAUGAAAUACUUGUGAAUUAUUGCAGUCAUAUAAUUUUUCUAAUAACUGAAUAAUUUUAUAACUUUUCUAAAUAACUAAAUGAUCUUAUUUAAAUCCUGUUAUUAUGAUGUUCUUAAACUGUUGCUAAAUGCUAAAUUUCUUUAAACCUAUCUGCUUAUAGAUACUAUAAUAAACUAUACAUUUAUUUUUUAUUAUUUGUCCUGUAAUGUAUUAUAGAAAUUUACAUUUAAUCUCAAGGUUACUAUGUAUUUAGUUAAUUGUAUUCCUUUGAUAUAUACUGAAAUCUGAUAAAUUAAGAUUUCUUGAAGUCAGCAUUUCCUGUUAAGUUAUCCAGUUAGAGGGAAAUUAAAGGAAUCGCUUCUAGCAGUUUUAAUUAUUUAAAAAUAAAUAUAUUAUUUAAUUUUUUAAACUUUAACUCUCUGAGCGGCACAGGAUUUUAGAUCCAUCAUGAAAACCGGUAUUUAAACAGAGCAUUUAUUAAUUAUUUAUUAAUAUUAUGAAUUUGUAUAAUUAUUUAUUUUAGUCUAUCUUUUCAUAAACUUAUAUUCAUUAAGAUGUUAUUUACAUUAUUAAAGAAAGUAAGAAAAAAGAAUAUCUUAAAUUGUAAGCCAAUAUAUGUCAAGUAGCAGAACUUCUUGUGACCAGAUAAAGCCAGUCAUAACACUCGGAGGGUUAAUAUAAGUAGUUUUGUACAUUAUUUUUUUUUUAUUUAUAUUUAAUUUCAUAGUGAAUCAAUGCUUACUAUGGUGCAUAAAUAUGUCUGAACUUUUUGCCACGAUAAUAUAUGAGGAUUACCACAUUUGUUUAGGCAUCUAAAAAUAAAAGCUUAAAAAAAGAA